GGGGGAUCGGACCGGUACCUUAAAAGCGUCGAUGCGUGAAAUUUUCAAUUAUGGAAUUGAUUCUAUACGUUAUUUUGUAUAUCCUUCAUCAAGGCUACACUGCAUCUAUAACGUGUAAUGGAUGCAACAAAGGAGAUCACUGCCUCCAACUCACGCCGAAGAUAGAGAAAGAGAUAGAUGUUAUUGUUGACAAAGUAACUGAUUUUCUAAAUAAUCUUGCUAUGGAACACGAAGAUUUCGAUGUAACGCUACUAAAGAUUGAAAUAGAAAAACAUUCUGACGACGAAAUUGAGGAGAAAGAAGUUAAAUUACAAGUUUACGUCAACGAUUGCUCCAAUAUCGAAAAAAGGUUGCUAGAUAACUUUAAUAAUACUAUGGAUCUUAAAAAUAAGGGUGCAGGUAACAGCGAUGAUCGAAGGCUUAAAUCAGGAAAAGAGAACAAUGACGCAUUGAAUUGUGAAAAAGAGCAAAGUGAAAAUGAUUUAGUUAAGGAUUCAAAACUUUCGAAGGUGCGUAAAAAUGAUCCAUUAGAAGAGCCGGUAGUCAAAGAAUUGAGUAAUGAUGACACAGAGCAUAGAGUUACCGGUGACGGAGAUCCCAAAACACGUAGUAUCGAAGAAGAUAACAUAAUAAAAGAUUCAGAAGUAAAUGGAGAUAAGUCAGGAAAUGAUGAUCUGGGUUCAAUCGACAAAGAAAUGAUCGAAGCGCCUCUUAACGAUUCAAAGAUUUUGAAUUCUAAAAGAAUAGACAUAUCCGGAACUGCAUCCGAUUCUACGGAUAACGUAGAUGGUGUUUCUAAAGGACAUGCGAAUCCUGAAAUAAUGAUUUUAAAUUUAGCACAAAACGGCCAAGAACUGCUAAAGGAACUGGAGAGGAUUAAGGGAAAAAAGAAUCCUUUAUUAGUUUACGUGCAGAAAGAAGACGGUGAAAGUAAAUACGUUUUUCUUGACAGUAAAUAAAUUUGAGCUGUG